UACGAGUUACUCUUAAUCCUUUUCAGAUAUCCGAUAUUAUUCCAACAUAUCCCCAGCUUCAAUUUAACUUUCACUGACUACUCCACAGCAGAAUUAGAGAGGCUACGGCUCUUAACUUGCUGUAGCUUCGUACCAUUCGCAGUUAUUGCAGUGUGCCGGUCACCUCACGACACUAUUGUUCUAAAUAUUUAAUCUAAUUUUACUAUUUUUGCAAAUCACCUAUCAAGACCUCUGACAUUGGAUGUUUAUUAAUGUACACUUGUUAACAAGCGAUGCAAAGUAUUCGACGUCACUACUGGUUUGAAUGGUGCCGCGAACAAGUCUUAGACAGUCUUGUCAUUAACGAUCAGUCUGACGGUACGACGCAGUGAAAUCGAGUGCAUUAUUGAACUCUCGCGGGCUUUCAGUUGAAGAAAAGUCAUUGUUGAUAUUUUUUAAGUGAUUAUUUACAGUUAUAAAUUAUUACUCAUCGUGAAUAAUUGAUUACAAGUUUUCACAAAAAAUUCAGAUCUUUUUCAUUGAGCAAAGCAACAAGAAGGAGUUUUUACUCUGAGUUAAGGUGGGAGGACGAAGAAAGCGAGAGUUCUGCGUUCCCUUGUAAGUUAUAAAUACUUUCAUGUUCAGUAGUGUGCAAACGUUCUGUAGAGUUCAUGAACAUCUCAAAUUUACUUUGGUUAUUUUGCGUAAAAAAUAAUUACAUGAAGCAUCAUAAUUGAUUAAACAAUCAGGAAGUCAUCCUUGAUAAAACAAGUUCUGAGAAAACUGAGAAUAAAAAUUAUCAAUUUAAUAAAAAAUUACUUCAAGGUGAUUGUUGGUGUUGACGUAAAAAUCAGCAACUAUGGUGGUAGAUACUGGAACUGUGCGUUUGGUGAUAUUUAUUGGAAUGUUCCUCGUUUUUGCUGGUGACUAUACCGCUCUAAUUAAUUCUAUUUUUGGAAAUAACAUGGAUCGUGCUAAUUCAACAAUCAGAGGUUUAAAUGAUCCAGGAAAAAGCCAUUCUGAUAUUGAAAGAUUAGCAAUGAUGUCUGGCGUUAAAGAUCUAGGUAUGAGUCGCAAGGCCAAGAUGAUGGCUACAAUCAAGACAGCAUGUUUACCUAAACUUAUUUGUGAAUUGACGUCUUCAGUUCAUCAUGAUCAGCUGAGUGAGAUGGAAAAGUCACUUCUAAACUUGAUUAGAGAUACGAGUCUGUCCACGAUGGCGGAAGUUGCCUCAAGGUAUCACUUUGCCGCUCAUAUGGGUCAACUUAUCGCUGGUAUCGAAGGUCAAGGCUGCCACAAUUUUUAUCCUACUUGUCCACUACCUCGUUCCAGUGUUCUCAACAUGAUGAAGAAGAUCCGGCUUCGAUAAUUUCUUGUGGUGGAUGCGGAUGAAAAUGAAUCUGGAAGUUGAAAUUAUUUGAAAUUAUCUAUAUUAAGUGCCGUUUAUAAUUAUCCAGGAUGUGUUCACUCGGUGGACUAGAUGAAAUUUGAAUGAUUUCUAUUUUUAAAAUUGAUAGAACAUGAGAAUUCAUUUGAAGUAAAAGAAAACAUGACGGUUUGCUAGGAUUAAUCUUUUUAUUAUUCAACUCAUUGAGGUGAAGAAAAUUUUUAACACAUGAGUUAUUAAAUAAUGAGUAUAAGUAGACAUCAUAGAGUGAACUAGAAAGUAUUAUGAACGGUAAUUUUUAUUUAUAUUCCUGAUUCAGGUUGUUAAAAAUGUAUCUGUGAUACUGUAUGAGGUAUAAAUUAAGUUGAAAGACAAAGAAAAAGUAUGAAAAUUGCAGAACAAAUGAGAGAAUUGUGACUGCUAUUUUUUUUUAAUGGAAGAACAAAUGGUGUAGUACUUUUGGAACAUAUUAAGUUUCGUUAUAAAUUCGUCCAAUACUCAUUAAUCAUUAUCAGUACCACCUAGUCUAGGCUAUAAAAUUAUAUUUUUAAUUAAUUAAUUGUAUAAGGUCUAAUGAUAAUAAAAAA